AUGAAGUCGCUGACUUUAGGAUACAACAGCUUCGUCAAGACCCUCACGGGCAAGACCAUCACCCUCGAGGUCGAGUCGUCCGACACGAUCGACAAUGUCAAGUCCAAGAUCCAAGACAAGGAAGGCAUCCCGCCCGAUCAGCAGCGCCUGAUCUUCGCCGGCAAGCAGCUUGAAGACGGCCGUACUUUGAGCGACUACAACAUCCAGAAGGAAUCCACGCUUCACCUCGUCCUCCGUCUCCGAGGCGGCAUCAUCGAACCCUCCCUCAAGGCCCUCGCCUCCAAAUACAACUGCGAGAAGAUGAUCUGCCGAAAGUGCUACGCCCGUCUCCCGCCCCGAGCCACCAACUGCCGCAAGAAGAAGUGCGGGCACUCGAACCAGCUCCGACCGAAGAAGAAGAUCAAGUAG